CCCCGCCCCGCCCAACGGAAUCGCAACCGCCGCCCCUAGAGCGCCCCACAAGGGCGGGAGCCCUCCUCGCGGGGGGGUGGCUUUUGCCGCUCCGUCCCAGGGGUCGGUGCUUCUGGCGGGAGCCUGGGGGUGCGCAGUGCAGCCGGGCUGAUGUUGGGGCUCCGAGGCUUCACUGUGUGGGGCGGGCCUGGUCUCUAAGCACCUCUCUGUGCCCCCCUGCCCAGGGCCUGGCACAUCCCCCAGGGGCCCCAGGAAGAAGGUCCUGAGCCCGUGGGUGGCCGCAGACCUGGGGCUGGAGCCCAGCGCCAAGACCCAGUUGUUUCUCCCCUAGGCACUAGCUAGAAGAAGCAGGAAAGGGCCAUGUGCCGGCUGUGUCUUCCUCUGGGGCUAAGCAGGUGACCGAGCGGGCCAAGGCGAUGAUCCUCGGCCCUGCAUUGCUUCACAUCCGUCAACCGCCUGUCUACAGCCUGACUUCCCAAAGGGAGGCAUGGCCCCCAGGGCUUCCUCAUGGCAAUAGUCACCUCUCUCCUGGCUGCCUGCCACGCGCCCCAGACACAGAUGCCACCGAAAUCCUUUUGACACCUGAAGCUAAUUCAUGCAGUCGCUGCCUGUAUAAUUAACCACAGGCACGUUAAACCCAUACGUGGGGGUUGUGCCCUGACACCAGGACAAUGAACUGCUGACGGCGGGUGCUAGGAAGACAAGCACUACCUAGAAACUCAGUCUUACAAAUUGUACCAAUGUGGCAAAGAAAGCGACGAUGAAAAACCUUGUCAGUUGAUUGUGUAUGAAUGCUAGCAGUCUAGGCGGCAUGCCGGAAGUGGGAGCUCCUGUUGGUGAGAAGAGAUUUCUUUACUAACUGGCACUAGUGGGAUGAUUUGUACCGCUAGAAUUUCAAAACAGCUGAUCACCGCUUUUGGAAGGACAAGGUGGAUACAAGAGAGCCAACAUCUGGACACAGGGCAGAAGCUGCAGGGCCCUGAGAGAGUGCUGCAUCGGGUUGCUGCCACCCACCACUGGAGCCACCCGGAGCUGCAUGGGGUCAAAGGGUUUGACGAGUCUUGCCUUCUGUGACAUCUUGGAUUCGGGUUCCAGGCAAGCAGCAGACUUCGCAGUUCAACAGGGAGGACAUUUCCAAAGAAGGGUCAGACAUGUGUGGUACACUACACAGGGAUGUUACAGAAUGGAAAGAAGUUUGAUUCCUCCAGAGAUCGAAACAAACCUUUCCGGUUCAAGAUCGGCAGACAAGAAGUCAUUAAAGGAUUUGAGGAAGGAGUUGCACAGAUGAGCCUGGGACAAAGAGCAAAGCUAACUUGCACACCUGAGAUGGCCUAUGGAACCACAGGCCAUCCUGGAGUUAUCCCUCCCAAUGCUACCCUCAUCUUCGAUGUGGAGCUGCUCAGGUUAGAGUGACUCCUUGCAGGAGGAGCUGGCUGAAGACAUCUGUUGAUAAUCAUCCAUCCUGUUACUUUUCCCAAUGGUAGGUGGAGUCUUUGCUGGAGUCUCAGCCUUCCCUGCUCAAGCUACCAUGGCAAUAGCUCCUGCCCAUAGUCUCUUUAUCCCUUCAUUUCUCUUUGGUUUUUUAAUCGCUGUUGUGUCGGUAUUUGUCUUUUAUUAGAAGCUUCUUUGCUUUGAGAAAAUCGUCUACGGUUGUAACAUUUUCAGGUUGUACAUUUUAUUUAAUUUGCAUGUGAUUAAAAAUGCACAGUGACAAUUGGAAAAAUUAUAUAUAUAUAUAUAUAUAUAUAUAUAUAUUCCUUAUCAAAAAAACCACUGCCUUACUGUACACUUCAACCAAGAAUACAAAAGGUGCUCAAAAAAACCUAAUGUACAUCUUGUACAUGAAUGGGCAUUAGCCAGACGAGUUACCUGCGCUGCCACUUUUCUCAGCUUGUACGUUCUGCUUGCUGCUGUUUUAAACAAAUGUUUCAUUUGAGAAUAUAAAAAACAAACUCUAUAAAAAUAAAAUCUUGAUACUUUACAAUUCC